AUGAUAAAUGAAGAUCAUUCUGAUAAAUGGUAUGAUAUUAAAACAUUAUGUUAUAAAAAUGGUCCAUUUGUUGAACCACAAUUUGUAGCUGGUAGUGAGAAUUUUGAGAUGCUUGAACAAAUUCGUCUACUAGUUGUUGGUGCUGGUGGAUUAGGAUGUGAAAUAUUAAAAAAUUUAGCACUUUCUGGUUUUAAAAAUAUUGAUAUAAUUGAUAUGGAUACUAUCGAACUGUCUAAUCUUAAUAGACAAUUUCUUUUUCGAGAUCGUGAUAUAGAUUGUAAUAUUACCUCACAUACAUGUAAAAUACAAGAUAAAGAUGAUGAAUUUUAUAGAAAAUUUCAUUUAAUUAUUUGUGGACUUGAUUCUAUUGAUGCUAGAAGAUGGUUAAAUAAUUUAUUAUUUAAUUUAAUUGAAUUAGAUGAAGAUGGAAAACCUGAUUUAACUACAGCAAUUCCAUUAAUUGAUGGUGGGACAGAAGGAUUUAGAGGUAAUGGAAGAAUUUUUACUGCUUAUGAUUCACCAUGUAUGGAAUGUCUUAUGGAUUUAUACCCUCCACAAAUAACAUAUCCAUUAUGUACGAUUGCUCAUACACCAAGAUUACCUGAACAUUGUAUAGAAUAUGUCAAAAUAAUUCAAUGGGAAAAUGAAAAACCUUUUGAUGCUUCUAUUGAUGGAGAUAAUCCUGAUCAUAUAAUGUGGAUAUAUGAAAAAGCAUUAGCAAGAGCAGAAAAAUUUGGAAUAUCAGGAGUUGAUAUACGAUUAACACAAGGUGUUGUAAAAAGAAUUGUUCCUGCAGUUGCCUCAACAAAUGCCAUAAUUGCUGCUUCUGUAUGUUUAGAAGCAUUAAAAUUAACAACUGGAAUUGCUUCAAAAAUAACAAAUUAUAUUCAAUUUGAGCAGACAGAGGGUGUGUCAAUGUAUACAUUACAAUUAGAUAAAAAAGAUAAUUGUACAAUUUGUUCUGAAUCUUCUAAAUUAAUUAAAUUAGAAAAAGAAGGAACAUUAAAAGAAUUAAUAGAUAUACUAAUUGAUGAAUUUUCAUUAAAAAAUCCUUCAAUACAAACAUCUACCGGAGAAUAUUUAUAUAUUAUUAAUCCAUUAAGAAACAAUUUAGAAACAAUGAGUAAAAAUAAUUUAAAAAGGCAACUUAAAGAAUUAGAUAUAAAAAAUGGAUCAUCUUUAAUUAUUGCUGAUUCAUCAUUACAUCGAGCUUUAACAUUUACCGUUCAAUUAAAAUAA